AACGACGGCACGACUUUCGUGAAUCUACGUUGGCGCGCGCUUGAAAUUUCUCAGUAGCGCUACGACACUCGUAAGCGAAGGUACGUCUCUGUAUUUCGAAAACAUCGCGAAAAGGCGGCUUUGGGUAUUGUUUUUAAGAGUUUUAAACUGUGAAAAUUAUUGGAUAUAUUGUGACUUUGUUUUUUUGGUGAUUUCCCUGGGAUUUAUAGUUGUUUUAAUGUGUUUUAUGGUGUAGUUUGUUGUAAUGACAUGUGAAUUUUUUAUUUGGUUUAAAUAUAGUUAGUCUAAUUAGUGCUAACAAUGGUUGACAACAGCUCAAUUAUAGAAGGAAGUGUUAAAUUUAGGGAUGGAAAGAAGUGGAAAUCAAGAUGGUGUGUCAUGAGAAAAUUAUCUCCAGUUGCAGACUGUUUACAUCUGCAGCUUUACCGAGACUCUAAAGACAGAUACAAACAGGGUCAAACGAAGGCAUCGCUAUCGUUGGAACAUUUUUUGGGGCUUGAGACUGGUUUUACAUUAGAUAAGGAAUCGAACACGGUAGCUAUCCUUUGCCAGGACAUCGUCGUGGUUCUGGCAUUCGACAAUCGGGAACGACUGAUGCAAUGGCAGGUGAAACUAAGUUCCCACUUAAGCGACGGUCCUCACUUCUUAGUGUUAGUAUCAACAGCUCCACAAAAGUCCAGGCUUCCACCAGGUCCGGCCAGACUCCAUGUUCAAGAACGUGGAUUCUGUUUAACAACUGGUGUACCACCCAGGGUGGCUGGUCAAUGGCUAAUCAGCCACCUAAGACGUUAUGGCGUUGUUGAAGGCAAAUUUUGCUUCGAGGGCGGAUCACGAUGCCUAAAAGGAGAAGGGUUGUAUAUAUUGUUGACUGAUCAAGGGGAGGAGAUUGCUUCUACCCUUAAAGUAGCCGCCACAGGACAACUGCAUGCUUCUAGAAGAAGACCUGUUUCAAGAAACAUGUCAGUAAUGGACAGUCCAAGAAGACCUGCUCUUAGAUCCACUGGAGGGGUUGCUUUGGAACUGAGUGAAACCUCGCUAAAUUCAAGAGCUGAUUCUCCCUAUACGGACUUGGAAAGUAACUACGGUUGCGGGGACAGCAUAUCGAAUGACGGUUGGAAUCAACCAUCCAUAGAGCGAUGCAUGAGCUGCAUCAGCAAACUGGGAGCCAUGUCAAGAUCAUCCACUGCAACAGUAAAAAUUGGAGAACCGUGUUGGGAACAUGCCUGCGACAGACAUUCAAUCAGCAGCAGUUCGGACAGCAGCGGAUGGAGUCAGGCGGUUACAAAACCACCAGCUCGACCGCCAAAACCUACUGCGUCCUCACCAUCGCCAAAGAAACCGGCUGCACCGCCGCCACUGUCUUCCUACGAUAACUACGACAUACCCAAAAUCCCAUAUCCAGUGGAACCAAAAGCCGAUGAGCAUUACGACACGCCGAGGAAAUUAAAAGAGUGCGUCGCAGCUUACGGUUUCGACACCAUUCAAAAGGCGUGCGGUUGCGUGGUGCGCCUCAAGCAACCGGAGCCAGAAAGACCGUGCGUCUGUCAGCGCCUGAUGUCCUGUUGGUCGGCGCCGGAGGACGCGCACGCCGUCUACGCCACCGUAGAUUAUAGCAAAAAGGCGCAUCGAAAUCAACCUGUCGGCAACAAUUACGCCAACUUGGCGCCGAUGAAUCAAACAAUGACUGUUGCUCCAGGAAAGACUAACAAUUAUGAGAACAUGGGUUUUGCUCAGACGUUGCAACUUUAUGAAAAUAGUAAGGAGAUUGCGGAUAAGGCAAAAGCGUUGUGUCAUAAAUGUGGGCACGCACAAGAUGAUUAUUUGAUGAUGGAGCCAUUUAAUAAGCCUCAACAACCUCAUCCAGGAUACAUUCCAAUGUCGCCGGCUGUAAAACAACGUUUGGGUAAAGUACUAUCAAACAGUAAUCCCAACUUGGGACCGGCAUUGGAUAGAUCUAAUAAACCUUCAGGAUCUUCGAUGUUGCAUGCAAAUGUGUACCAAAGAAGACAUAUUUUGGAUUCCACAGAUAAUUUGGAAAUGAAAAGAAAGAGAUCGAAUUCUGCCGACUCCAGUACUAGUAGGUGCGAACCGGAAGCCGAGCCUGAACCGGAAAUCGCAACGCCAUCCCCAUGCCAGUGCUCACAACAAUCCAUUGCAGUCAGAAGGUCAUCUUCUGUCCCAUGCAAGUCCAACAGAGACUCCUCCAGCUCCAACGAUUCCGGUGUGUUUGAAUUGCCAAGAAAGAUGGCAAUUUGUUCGACAAAUUCCACUCUUCCGCGCAGAUCAAAAUCUUCGGAUCCCCUUCGCGAUUUAAGUUUCCAAUUCAACAAGGUGGAAGGGAAAUCGGCCAGUGCGGAAGCCGAAGUUCCGGUGUGUCCGUCCGGUUCAACAAGCAGUGGAACUUCGGACAUGUCAGACUACUUUGAGACUUUGUCUUUGUCAUCUUCGCACAGUUCGGGCGAUGCGAUGGCCCCCCCUCCGCCCAGUUGUACCUUAAGGCCUCGUUCGGGCAACGAAUACCUCAGUCUGCAGAGACUUAUCGCCCCCGUUCCUGAAGAACGGCACUAAACUAAAGCUAGUCUUAGUACUUAGGAAGCAAUAAUAUAUAUAUAAAUCUAUAUAUAUAGCGUUUAGUACAAUACAUAUUACUAUUAUUAUUAUUAUUAUUAUCUUAUGUCUGUAAUCAUUUUCUGUAUAAAGGUAUUUACUUUAUAAAAUAAAUUAUUCACCAA